AUGAAUGUAGUAGUAUUCACAAUAGAAGAUGAUUGCAAACGCACACAUGCUCUCUCUCUCUUUCUCACACACAUCCUCUCUCUCCCUCUCAUACACAUGCUCUCUCUCUCUCACACUUUCUCUCUCUCACUAACUCUCUCUCUCACACACUCUCUCUCUGACACACACAAUCUCUCUCUCACACACAUGCUCUCUCUCCCUCUCAUACACAUGCUCUCUCUCUCUCCUUUCUCACACUUUCUCUCACUAACUCUCUCUCUCACACACUCUCUCUCACACCAAUCUUUCUCUCACACAUGCUCUCUCUCUCUCUCACACAUGCUCUCUCUCUCUCUCUCUCACACUUUCUCUCACACCCGCUUUCUCUCACUAACUCUCUCUCUCACACACUCUCUCUCUCUCUCACACAUGCUCUUUCUCUCUCACACACUCUCUCUCUCUUUCUCACACAUGCUCUCUCACAAACACACACUCUCUCUCUCACUCUCUCACACAUGCUCUCUCUCUUUCUCACUCACUCUCUCACUCUCUCUCAUACAAACACUCUCUUUCACACUCUCUCACACUCUCUCUCUCACACACACAUGUUCUCUCUCACACAUGCUCUCUCAUUCACUCACUCUCUCAAACACAUGCUCUCUCUCUCACACACACUCUCUCUUUCUCACACAUGCUUUCUCCCUCUCUUUAUCACUAACUCUCUCUCUCACAAACACUCUAACUCUGUCUCACACAUGCUAUCUCUCUCGCUCUCUCUCUCUCAUAUCUCUCUCUCUCUCUCUCUCACACUCACAAACACACUCUCUCUCUCUCUUUCUUUCUCACCCUUUCACAAAUUCUCUUCUUAUUAACAGUUUAAGCUGCAUCCUUUCAACUCCAUAA